GCACGGCCAGGCGAAGGGGAGCCGGCGUGCGGGGUGUGUAUGUGUUCGCUGGGCGCCGGCUCAGCCCCAGGAAGAUGGUGGCGGCGGCGGCGGCGGCGGCGACUGAGGCGCGGCUGAGGGGGAGCACGACGGCAACAGCAGCGCUCGCGGGCAGGAAGGGCAGGCUGCACGGACCCUGCUCCGCGACAGGGGCCUGGAGGCCGGGGCCGCGUACCCGGCUGUGUCUCCCGCGGGUGCUGUCGCGGGCGCUGCCCCCGCCGCCGCCGCUGCUGCCGCUGCUCUUUUCGCUACUGCUGCUGCCGCUGCCCCGGGAGGCCGAGGCCGCUGCGGUGGCGGCGGCGGUGUCAGGCUCGGCCGCGGCCGAGGCCAAGGAAUGUGACCGGCCGUGUGUCAACGGCGGCCGCUGCAACCCUGGCACCGGCCAGUGCGUCUGCCCCACGGGCUGGGUGGGCGAGCAAUGCCAGCACUGCGGGGGCCGCUUCAGACUUACUGGGUCUUCUGGAUUUGUAACAGAUGGACCUGGGAAUUAUAAAUAUAAGACGAAGUGCACAUGGCUCAUUGAAGGACAGCCAAAUAAAAUAAUGAGACUUCGCUUCAACCAUUUUGCUACAGAAUGUAGCUGGGACCAUUUAUAUGUUUAUGAUGGAGACUCAAUUUAUGCACCUCUGAUUGCUGCCUUUAGUGGCCUCAUUGUUCCUGAAAGAGAUGGCAAUGAGACGGCCCCUGAAGUCACUGUCACUUCAGGUUAUGCACUGCUGCAUUUUUUCAGUGAUGCUGCUUAUAAUCUGACUGGAUUUAAUAUCACUUACAAUUUUGACAUGUGUCCGAAUAAUUGCUCAGGCCGAGGAGAAUGUAAGAGCAGUAACAGCAGCAGCACUGUUGAAUGUGAAUGUUCUGAAAACUGGAAAGGGGAGUCAUGUGACAUUCCUCACUGUACAGACAACUGUGGCUUUCCUCACCGAGGCAUCUGUAAUGCAAGCGACACCAGAGGGUGCUCCUGCUUCCCUCACUGGCAGGGUCCUGGAUGUUCAAUUCCUGUGCCAGCUAACCAGUCUUUUUGGACUCGAGAAGAAUAUUCUGACUUAAAGCUUCCCAGAGCCUCUCAUAAAGCUGUGGUCAAUGGAAAUAUAAUGUGGGUUAUUGGUGGAUAUAUGUUCAACCAUUCAGAUUACAGCAUGGUUUUAGCGUAUGACCUGGCUUCUAGGGAAUGGCUUCCCCUAAACCAUUCUGUGAACAGUGUGGUUGUAAGAUAUGGUCAUUCUUUGGCAUUAUAUAAGGAUAAAAUCUACAUGUAUGGAGGAAAAAUUGAUUCAACAGGGAAUGUGACCAAUGAGCUGAGAGUGUUUCAUAUUCAUAAUGAAUCAUGGGUAUUGUUAACCCCCAAAGCUAAGGAUCAGUAUGCAGUGGUUGGACACUCAGCACACAUUGUUACACUGGCAUCUGGCCGUGUGGUCAUGUUGGUCAUCUUCGGUCAUUGCCCACUCUAUGGAUAUAUAAGCAUUGUGCAAGAAUAUGACUUGGAAAAGAACACAUGGAGUAUAUUACAUACUCAGGGUGCUCUUGUGCAAGGGGGUUAUGGCCACAGCAGUGUUUAUGAUCACAAGACCAAAGCUCUGUAUGUUCAUGGUGGCUACAAGGCUUUCAGCGCCAACAAAUACCGGCUUGCAGAUGACCUCUACAGAUAUGAUGUGGACACUCAGAUGUGGACCAUUCUUAAGGACAGCCGAUUUUUCCGUUACUUGCAUACAGCUGUGAUAGUGAGUGGGACCAUGCUGGUGUUCGGAGGAAACACACACAAUGACACUUCCAUGAGCCACGGCGCCAAGUGCUUCUCCUCGGACUUCAUGGCUUAUGACAUCGCUUGUGACCGGUGGUCAGUACUUCCCAGACCUGAGCUCCAUCAUGAUGUCAACAGAUUUGGCCAUUCAGCAGUCUUGCACAACAGCACCAUGUAUGUGUUUGGCGGCUUCAACAGCCUCCUCCUCAGUGACGUCUUAGUCUUUACCUCGGAACAGUGUGAUGCACACCUCAGUGAGUCUGCUUGUGUGGCAGCAGGACCUGGUAUCCGGUGCCUGUGGGACACAGGGUCGUCUCGAUGUACCUCCUGGGAGUUGGCAACUGAAGAACAAGCAGAAAAGUUAAAAUCAGAAUGUUUUUCCAAAAGAACCCUUGACCAUGACAGAUGUGACCAGCACACAGAUUGUUACAGCUGCACGGCCAAUACCAAUGACUGCCACUGGUGCAAUGAUCACUGUGUCCCUGUGAACCACAGCUGCACAGAAGGCCAGAUCUCCAUUGCCAAGUAUGACAAUUGCCCCAAGGAUAACCCCAUGUACUACUGCAAUAAGAAAACCAGCUGCAGGAGUUGUGCCCUAGACCAGAACUGCCAGUGGGAGCCCCGGAAUCAAGAGUGCAUCGCCCUGCCCGAAAAUAUCUGUGGCAAUGGCUGGCAUUUGGUUGGAAACUCGUGUCUGAAAAUCACUACUGCUAAGGAAAAUUAUGACAAUGCUAAAUUGUCCUGUAGAAACCACAAUGCCUUUUUGGCUUCCCUUACAUCCCAGAAGAAGGUGGAGUUUGUCCUUAAGCAGCUUCGAUUAAUGCAGUCAUCUCAGAGCAUGUCCAAGCUCACCCUGACUCCAUGGGUUGGUCUUCGGAAGAUCAAUGUGUCUUACUGGUGCUGGGAGGAUAUGUCUCCAUUCACAAAUAGUUUGUUGCAGUGGAUGCCAUCUGAGCCCAGUGAUGCUGGCUUCUGUGGGAUCUUGUCAGAGCCUACCACUCGGGGACUAAAGGCUGCAACCUGCAUCAACCCACUCAAUGGAAGUGUUUGUGAAAGACCUGCAAACCACAGUGCCAAGCAGUGCCGGACACCAUGUGCCCUGCGGACAGCAUGUGGCGAGUGCACUAGCAGCAGCUCCGAGUGCAUGUGGUGCAGCAACAUGAAGCAGUGUGUAGACUCCAAUGCCUACGUGGCCUCCUUCCCUUUUGGCCAGUGUAUGGAGUGGUAUACAAUGAGCAGCUGCCCACCUGAAAAUUGCUCUGGCUACUGUACCUGCAGCCAUUGUUUGGAGCAGCCAGGCUGUGGUUGGUGUACUGAUCCAAGCAAUACUGGGAAAGGAAAAUGUAUUGAGGGCAGCUAUAAAGGACCUGUGAAGAUGCCUUCACAGGCCUCUACAGGAAAUGUGUAUCCACAGCCCCUUCUGAACUCCAGCAUGUGUCUAGAGGACAGCAGAUACAACUGGUCUUUCAUUCACUGUCCAGCUUGCCAAUGCAACGGACACAGCAAAUGCAUCAACCAAAGUGUCUGUGAGAAGUGUGAGGACCUGACCACGGGCAAGCACUGCGAGACCUGCAUAUCCGGUUUCUAUGGUGACCCAACUAAUGGAGGCAAAUGUCAGCCAUGCAAGUGCAAUGGGCACGCAUCACUGUGCAACACCAACACCGGCAAGUGCUUCUGUACCACCAAGGGUGUCAAGGGGGAAGAGUGCCAGCUAUGUGAGGUAGAAAAUCGAUACCAGGGAAACCCUCUCAAAGGAACAUGCUACUAUACCCUUCUCAUUGACUAUCAGUUCACUUUUAGCCUGUCCCAGGAAGACGACCGAUAUUACACAGCCAUCAAUUUUGUGGCUACUCCUGAUGAACAAAACAGGGAUUUGGACAUGUUCAUCAAUGCCUCCAAAAACUUCAACCUCAACAUCACCUGGGCCACCAGCUUCCCAGCCGGAACCCAGACUGGAGAAGAGGUGCCUGUUGUUUCAAAAACCAACAUCAAGGAAUACAAAGAUAGCUUCUCUAAUGAGAAAUUUGAUUUUCGCAACCAUCCAAACAUUACUUUCUUUGUUUAUGUCAGUAAUUUCACUUGGCCCAUCAAAAUUCAGAUUGCCUUCUCCCAGCAUAGCAAUUUUAUGGACCUGGUACAGUUCUUCGUGACUUUCUUCAGCUGCUUCCUCUCUCUGCUUCUGGUGGCUGCAGUGGUUUGGAAGAUCAAGCAGAGCUGUUGGGCAUCCAGGCGGAGAGAGCAACUUCUUCGGGAGAUGCAACAGAUGGCCAGCCGCCCCUUUGCUUCUGUAAACGUUGCCUUGGAAACAGAUGAAGAACCUCCUGAUCUCAUUGGGGGAAGUAUAAAGACGGUUCCUAAGCCCAUUGCCCUAGAGCCCUGCUUUGGUAAUAAAGCCGCAGUCCUCUCUGUGUUCGUGAGGCUCCCGCGAGGACUGGGAGGGAUCCCUCCUCCCGGGCAGUCAGGUCUCGCUGUGGCCAGUGCCCUGGUGGACAUUUCUCAGCAAAUGCCAAUAGUGUACAAGGAGAAGUCAGGCGCUGUGAGAAACCGGAAGCAACAGCCCCCUGCACAGCCUGGAACCUGCAUUUGAUACUGGAGCAGGAACUCACCCUCCCAGAGGGGCAUGUGGUCCACUAAGCUGUCUACAGGGGAGGCUGCAGGCAGGAAGCAGGUGUGGGGCAGAAGACUGGAAACCCUUGAAGCAUCCAACUCACUGCAUGAUCACACAAGCUGUUUGAUGGUUCACCCCUUCUGUGUCCAGCAUCUAACCUUUUACUUCUGUGUAGGAAAUAAUUUAAUUACCAGUCCAGGAGAGGUCUGCUCUGCUCUGCUCACGGUGGAGGAGACCGUGCAGACCCCGCAAGAGCUGAACUCACGUGAUGCUGAGGUCCCUGUGGACGCUCCUCUUGGGAAUCUCAACUGCAAGAGAGACGGCCUCUGCCAGCAGCUUCCUGGCACGGUCCUCUGACACUCCUCAGAUGAAUUGUUCUCAUCUGAAGCUUGCUGUCUUUUUACAAGAUGUUCUUUUAUUCUCUUCCAGGAAGUAGCUUUUUUUCUAGCUGAGAAUUAAUAAUAGUCUUUCUCUUUGGAAGUCAUAUCAAAGUAUAAUUGAUGGGGGCCUUGUUUUAUUUUGUUUUGUUUUGUUUUGUUUUGUUUUGUUUUUUUGGAGACAGGGUCUCACUGUGUAGUCCUAGCUGGCCUGGAACUCACUAUGUAGAUCAGGCUGGACUGAACUCACAAAGAUCCACCUGUCUCUGCCUCACAAAUGCUGGGAUAAAAAGCAUGUACCACCAGGCCCAGCAAAGAGGGCAAUCUUAAAUGUCAAGGUCAGUGGAGUUAGAAUAUAAACAAAUGCAACUGAUAAUUCUCUAUAGAAACUUGAUUGAUUUAAUUUUAAUCCAUUCUUUCCUUCUCUUUCUCUCACUCUGUCUUACACACAUGCACACAUGCACACACACACACACACUAAGUGCCUAGACUUUAAAUAGAUCUAGCAAUUGGAACAUUAGUAAGCCUAAGUUUUUACAUGAUUGCAUUCCUACAUUCUUGUAAAAUUUAAGUAACUACCAUUGCAAUUUGUUCUUUUUUUAAAGUCUAAUUUGCAGCCAAGAAAGUGUAAUUCUUAUCCCAGGAAACAUUUAAUAGGGACUACUAGCAAUAGGGACUGAAUGACCCCAGCCCCAGCCUAGUGUCACUUUAGGCCUGAUGUUUGAUCAACCCUCUGGGCUCCUUCUGCCAAGGUACCACAGAAUGCACUUGCUCAUGUCAUGUGCCUCUGGAGCAGAAAAGAACACUGACACCUGGGACACCUGACUUUGUCUUCCUACAGCUGCUCGCACUGACCGUGGGAACCUGUGGGUCCUCCCCAGGCUGAAUGGAGUAGACACUAGAAGAGGGGUGAUGCCUGGUGUUGGGGCAGCACCUGCUCAGCACGUGGAAAGAGACCUGGUUCCAUCUCCCCUGGGUAGGAGUUGGUCCAGCCUCCUCCCAGACCCAGCUGGUGGCAGAGGAGGUGGUGCGUGUUCAUGAGGGUGAAAAGCACAUGGGGUGAGUGUAAGGGACAAGACCCACUUCCAACACGACCACCACAUUAGGAGGGGUGAGCGGUCCUCUGCUCUGUGCCCAGGACCCUGCCUGGACGUUGCAUUUCCCCACUUUUGGUGCUCGGUAUCCUGGCAUUAUGCAGCAGCCUCACACCUGUCCUCUCUUGCUCCAUGUCCUGCAGUUCUGCCAUUACUGAUAGAGGAGCCCUCUAGGCAUCAGUGCUCCCACAUGUGAGUCUGGAAAAGUUAACAGUCAGAAGAACAAAAGCUGUAGCGGUUCACCCUUAAAUGCAGUGCUGAAGAGGGAGCCUUUCUCUAAGCCCCGCACUAAGCUCAUUCCUCCCAAGAUUCUUGGAGUGACAUUUCCACCUGAACCAUAAAUCACUGACGCACAAAACACUGCUGUUAAGACUCCUCUCUCAAACAAAACUCUUUGCAUCACUAUUAAAGAGCAGAAAGUUCUAGAAAUGAUCCCAACCUCAUCCCCUAUGCAGUUAGGAGCUCCCCACAUCCCUACCAAAACCCAGCACAUAAGUGUCUGCGUCGUCUAGCCCUUCAUCUCUGUAACAACCCAGGGGACUCCUGGCCGAAAGAAAGAAAGGGAAGCUGCACCAGGGCUUGUCCUUAUGUAAGGAAAUCCCUCUGCUUUGCUCAAAGGACCAAAGUUCUUUGGUCAAAGAAGUUGCUUCAGUUAGUCCCAUACCUUGAAAUAGUAUGUACCACGGCUCCCACCUACAUGCUCAUGUCCCCCGCCUUAGGGAUACUGUUGAUUCUUUCAAUAGAAGCAAAUGACAUUUAUUUCUGCUCCUGUGAUGGAGGAACAGCCAGCUUCACCUACAUCUCCUUUAGAGCCACCAGCUCCCUUCAGGCUGAAAGCAGAGGGGAGUGGCAGGGAAGAAGAGCUCAGCUCAGAGCCAGUUACCACGACAGAAUGGAGCUGUGACCAGUAACUGUCACGAGAGAACAUGUAUAUAAAAUAGUCAUGAAGACACUGACCUUGCACUUGUACAUAACUAUACUGUAGUGUCCAGAAUGUUCAGACAUUCAGGGUGUACAUAAACAGAAAAGUAUCAUAACGUAUUUUUAUUAAACAUUAACAUCU